AUGAGUACUGAAUCUGCUCUUGCACAUGCUGUGGCUACAGCUCGUAUUGAAAGCCGUCGCACUAUAUCACCAUAUGACCUAAGCUCUGGAGAUAAUCCCGGUACUUUGAUUUCUAAACCUUUACUGCGUGGACCUAACUACGACGAAUGGUCUACAAAUUUGUGUCUAGCUUUGAAAGCUAGAAAGAAGUUUGGCUUCGCCGAUGGCUCUAUUCCUCAACCAGAAGAUACUCAUUCAGAUUAUGAAGACUGGAUUGCAAACAACGCUCUCGGGGUUUCGUGGAUGAAGCUAACAAUCGAUGACUCUAUCUCCACCUCAACGUCUCAUCUUGCUGAUUCUCAUGAGCUUUGGACACAUCUUCAGAAACGAUUUGGUACUAAAAAUGGCCAACGUAUUCAACGUCUCAAAACGGAAUUAGCAACUUGUCGUCAAAAAGGUUUAGCCAUUGAAACAUACUAUGGCAAACUUUCUCAGUUGUGGAGAAGCUUAGCUGAUUACCAACAAGCUAAGACUAUGGAGGAAGUUCGUAAGGAACGAGAAGAAGACAAACUACACCAAUUUCUCAUGGGCUUGGAUGAGUCUGUUUACGGUUCUGUCAAGUCAGCUCUUCUCUCACGAGUUCCUCUUCCCACGCUUGAGGAAGCCUACAACACUCUAACUCAAGACGAAGAAUCAAAAUCUCUAAGCCGUAUGAAUGAAGAACGACACGAUGGUGUUAGUUUUGCAGUUCAAACUUCUGCUCCAGCUCGAAACUUCACCACUACCACGAGUUCCACUGAUACUCGCGUGUGCUCCCACUGUGGCCGUAACGGUCAUCUCGCUGAAAAUUGCUUUAAACUUAUUGGUUAUCCACCAUGGCUCGAAGAGAAGCUCCGCGCUAAAAACACUACAUCGUCUUCGCGUGGUUCUUCUUCCUCUAAUGGCACCGGACGUGGCUCGUUUUCAUCCUCCGUGACUAAACCCAAACCGAAUAUGGGUCGUGGUUCUGCAAUUAAUCAUGUUGCUGCAGGUUUUCAGACCACUUUGGCUCCACAUUCUCAGUCCAAUUCUACUUUGACAGAAGAUGAUCGUGUUGGGCUCAGCGGUCUCGAUGAUGUUCAAUGGAAAAUGUUGGUUCAAAUACUUGAAGAACGCAAGCUUGCAUCUCGUGAUCAACAUCCUGGACCGCAUCACUCUGACGCUGAUUGGCGCUAGUAUGCAGCAGCAAGGUCUGUAUUUUUUUCGUGGAGUUGAAACAGUAGCAGCGAUGACAACUUCAGGACUCACUACUUCUCAAUUGUGGCAUCGUCGUCUCGGCCAUCCUUCUUCUAAAGCUUUAAAGUUGUUAUCGUUAUCUGGUUUUACUAGUAAUGAUUUAGAUUCAAAGACUUGUGAUAUUUGUAUUCAAGCAAAACACACACGGGAUUCCUUCCC